UUGUGCGUGCGUUCUCCUUCGACAGCGGCGGCGGCGGUGGCGGCGGCGGCAGGCAGCGACGGUGGCGGCAGAGCGGUAUCCUCCGGCACCACCGACGGGUAGCUCAGAGCACCCGCAGCAUCGCGCAUCACCGCGCGGACCAGGGGACCCCCCGACAGAAAAUUCAGUCGUUUUUUCGCCGCGAGUCAGUGAAGAUCUAACCGUCGUAAGAGAUCCUGUCCGCCGCGGUUCAUGCACGUCUACGAUCGCGACCGUGCUGUAUAUGUGUGUACGUCUGGUAGGCACCGCUAACGUAUCCGUCGUGCCUUCUAAAUGGACGUUCUCAGAUUCGAGAAGUACUUGGCACUUUUGAUACUAAUUAUAUCAUAUAAUAUCUCUGUGACUGUAUCAAAUAAACAUCACCUACGUCAUGGUCGACAUAAAAGACAACAAUGGAACACUACAUUUAGUAGCUCUGGAUUCGUACCAGAAUACCAUGUAUACUUGGAAAACAGUAGCCCGGAAAGUGGCGAAUGGAGUCCGUGGUCAGAUGACAGCCAAUGUUCACGUAGUUGCGGCGGGGGAGUUGCAUUUCAAACCAGAAGAUGUUUAACAUCCAGACAAGAUGGUUCUGAAGAUUGCACAGGGUCAUCGAAAAGAUAUUAUUCCUGUAACAUUCAUGAAUGUCCCAAAAAUAGUCUCGAUUUUCGACUUGAACAAUGUUCAGCAUUUAACCGAUUACCAUUUGAAGGUUCGAAAUACGAAUGGAUUCCCUAUACCAAAGCUCCGAACAAAUGUGAACUAAAUUGCAUGCCAAAAGGUGAACGAUUUUACUACAGGCAUAGAAAUAAAGUAAUUGAUGGUACAAAAUGUGACGAAGAAAAACUUGAUGUUUGUGUCGAUGGAAAAUGUUUGCCCGUUGGAUGUGAUAACCUAUUAGGAUCACCAGAAAGAGAAGAUCGUUGUCGUAUUUGUGGAGGUGAUGGUUCCAACUGUAAUACUGUCCAAGGUAUUUUGGACAUGAAUGAUCUACAAUACGGGUACACGGAUAUAUUGUUAAUUCCAGCAGGUGCUACAAAUAUUAAAGUAAGAGAAAUCCAACCAUCCAAUAAUUAUUUAGCAAUUAGAAAUAUUACUGGGCACUACUAUCUAAAUGGUAAUUGGAAGAUAGAUUAUCCUAGAAGUUUGCAAAUAUGUAAUACCAUAUUUCAUUAUGAAAGGAAAAAACGAGCUCUUUAUACACCCGAAACAGUUACAGCUUUAGGACCAAUCUCAGAAGCAAUUUAUAUUGUGUUAUUGUAUCAAGAAGUUAACCCAGGAAUCGAAUAUGAGUACAGUAUUCCUACUAGUGCCGUAAAACAAACAUUAUCUAAAGGAUACAAUUGGAUGUAUAAUGAAUUCACUGAAUGUAACACAACCUGUGGUGGAGGUACAAAAACUCGAAACGUUUGGUGUGCUCAAAAGAACGACUCAAUGCCAGUACCUGCAGAACUUUGUGACCCGGGUUUGGAACCCAUAAAGACACAAUCUUGUUCGAUGGAACCAUGUCCACCUAAAUGGGUUCCAGCUAAUUGGACAGAAUGCACACAUAAAUGUGGAACCAAUGGAACUCAAACAAGAGAGGUUAAAUGUGUUCGACGUAUCAAUGGUGUUGAUGUUCCUGUUGAUAAUAAUUAUUGUGAUCAAUACGAUGGAGUUAAGCCGAGCACUGUAAAACCAUGCAAUGUAGGAUUAGAGUGCCCACUGUGGUAUACUGACCCUUGGAAGCCAUGUGAUAAAUUGUGCGGGGCUGGUAAGCAAACCAGAAAAGUAAGUUGUUACCGAAAAGUGGGUAAAAAAAUUAUCGUUUUAAAUGAUGAUGAAUGCGAGGCUCAAAAACCAGAAACGACGAAAUCUUGUGAACUGCGCCCAUGCGAAGGUGUAGAUUAUAUAACAUCUGCUUGGUCAGGAUGCGGUGAUUGUAAUUUGGAUUUUGAAACUAGACAAGUAGUUUGUGCAAAUGCUAAAGGGAAAUUAUAUGAUAAAAAAUUUUGUAAUUAUUUGAAAGAACCAGAAUCACAACGAAAUUGUACUCCUUCAGACGCAUGCGAGUUUCAGUGGUACGCUAGUCAAUGGAGCGAGUGCUCAUCGAAAUGCAGUACUGGAGUGCAAAUAAGAAAAGUAUUUUGUGGUUCAUUGGUAGGCGAAACAAUAAAAAAAGUUGAUAGCGUAAAAUGUGACCCAAGUAAAAAAUAUGAAGAUACCAAAAAUUGUACCGGAAAAGAAACGUGCAAAGGAGAAUGGUUUGCAAGUCCUUGGACAGCAUGUUCAAAACCAUGCGGUUCGGGAGAAAAGAGUAGGAAAGUAUUUUGCAUGCUUGGAAACAAAACUGUAGAUACUAGUCAAUGUAAACCUGAAACACUAUUAUACACAAGCGAUGAAUGUAACAAACAGCCUUGUGGAGAAGAUCAAAUUAUGCCUGUGGAGACAAAGAAGUCAAUAGUAGAAGAAGAUACGCUAGAAGAAGAAUGUGAAGAUGAAAUUAUAACUGUUACUCCCUUUGCAAUUGAACCAGAUACCGAAGUCACAACGAUACCUUAUGCACAAUCAACAUAUAAUAGUAUGUCUACUUCGAAUGAAGAUAUUACAACAGAAUUCAAAGAGUCAAUAACUACUUCUGAUUCGAUAGAUAAAACCGUUGUUACGAGCACUAUUCCUUCUAUUAAACGAAAAAAGAGACAAGCUGAAAUAGCAGAUGUCAAAUUAAAAUUUGUCAAUUCUAAAGGUGCAAUAGAAAAUAAUGAUUCAUUGAUUACAACUGAUAUGGAUAUAUCGACAACUGAUGUCUCGACCACCGAUAUAUCGACUACCGAUGUGUCAACAACUGAAUUGUCGACAACCGAUGGGCCAACAACUGAUAUGAUGUCAACGUCAGAUUCAACUUCUGUUGAUAUGUCUUCUACAGUUAAAUUAAGUUCUAUUGCAUCAGAAUCGCCAUCAAUAACAUUAACAGAAUCGACAGAUUCAUCUCAAACUGAAACAAUAACGAGUACUGAAAAUGUAUCUACUUCAGAAAUAGUUUCAUCAUCGACUACUGAAAAUACUACUGAAAUUAGUGAACUAACUACCUACUCAGAAUCAACAACUAUACCAAUAUCAACCAGUGAAAUAACUGACACUAGUGAAACAGAAGUAACUACAAAUUCGAUUUCAACUACAGAGUUAUUAUCGAGCACUGAACCAUCGUCGUCAUCUACAUCAUUUGCACCAUCCAGCACUGAAAUAAUGUCAUCAACGGAGUUACCAAUGAGCACUACCAGUUUUACUAGUGAAAUGCCUUCUGUUAUACCGACAUCGACAGAUUUUACUAUAACUACAACCAAAAAAGGUGUUACUAAAAAUGAAAACCCAUUGAUCGCUAGUGCAACAAAGAAGAAACGUGUUUGUAAAAGAAAAAAAAAACUAGGAGGUUGUGAGACAUCUGAAUUUGGUUGCUGUUAUGAUAAAAAGACUCCAGCUAAAGGACCAUUCAGUGCAGGUUGUCCAGAUAUACACACUUGCAAAGACACAGAAUAUAACUGCUGUACGGAUGGUGUAUCUCCUGCGACUGGACCCAGAAAUGAAGGAUGUCCUCCUUCAACGUGUAACUCUACUUUAUAUGGUUGUUGUCCUGAUGGUUACAGCAUUUCACAAGGAAAUGAUUUAGAAGGAUGUCCCGUUGAGUUAACUAAUAUAACUAUUACUACUACUCCGGUACCUGACGUUGGAUGUAAAAAUGCUCAAUUUGGUUGUUGUCCAAAUGGAAUAACGCCUGCCACGGGGCCAAGUUUCCAAGGAUGUUACGAAUGUGUUGAAGGAUCAGGAGAAUGUGACUCAUGUUUAGAAACUAAAUAUGGUUGUUGCGCAGAUAAUAUCACUGCAGCUAGUGGACCCGAUUUUGCCGGUUGCCAAGAUAAUCUGACAACUGAUGAUUUUAUAAUUGUAUCAACUACUUCAGAAGAACCAAGUGAUUCAUGUCAAUUAUCAGAAUUCGGAUGUUGUCCUGAUGGAGUUACAGGGGCAGCGGGUUAUAAUCUUGAAGGAUGUUUAGGAAUUGAUUUUGAUAACUGCACAUAUGGUGAAAACAAUACUGAUUGUGUGCCUUCAUGUGCAAAUGAACAAUUUGGAUGUUGUGACGACAAUAUUACUGCUGCACAUGGUCCAAACAAAGAAGGUUGUUGUUUGUACACCCAAUAUGGUUGCUGUCCCGAUAAUAUAUUACCAGCUAAUGGAUCCAAUUUACAAGGCUGUGGAUGUAUUUAUACACCCUAUGGAUGCUGUCCGGAUAACAUUACUACUGCAAGAGGACCAAAUAACUUAGGUUGUGGUUGCCAAUAUACUGAACAUAAAUGUUGUCCAGAUGAUUUUACUCCAGCUUCAGGGCCUCAGUACCAAGGUUGUCCGUGUUAUACAUACCAAUUUGGUUGUUGUCCUGAUGGUAUUACUAAAGCCAUUGGUCCUCACGCACAAGGAUGUGGCUGUGAAAAUUCUCAGUAUGGAUGUUGUCCAGAUAAAAAUACACCAGCUCCAGAUGAAUCUAAAAAUUGUAGUUGUGAAGCAUCUAAGUAUGGAUGUUGUUUAGAUGGUAUUAGUGAAGCGACAGGAGAAAAUUUCGAUGGAUGUAAAUCUAAACCCGUUUUGCCAGGAGCAAGGUGUAAACAAUCGAAAGACCGUGGUAGUUGUUCCAAUUUCACUGUUAAAUGGUUCUUUGACACCGAGUAUGGUGGCUGUUCAAGAUUUUGGUAUGGAGGGUGUAAUGGCAAUAAUAAUCGUUUCACAACGCAAGAAGAAUGCAAAGAUACAUGUGUUGAACCAUCUGGGCGAGACGCAUGUUAUUUACCAAAAAGUGCCGGUCCAUGUGAAGGUUAUUAUCUCACUUGGUAUUAUGAUCAAGAUAGAAAGCAAUGUGCACAAUUCGUUUAUAGUGGAUGCCUCGGUAAUAAUAACAAAUUCCAAACUCGUGAAGAAUGUGAACACCUUUGUGUUAUGCCUGAUACUUUGGAUCCUUGUGACCAACCUUUAACACCUGGACCUUGCAAAGGUAAUUACUCACGUUGGUAUUACGAUAAAUCUGCAAGAACAUGUUCAUUAUUCAACUAUGGUGGUUGUAAAGGAAACCAAAAUAAUUUCUUAACGAAGGAAUCAUGUAGCCAUAAAUGUGUAAAUCCGCUUAAAACUCAAGAAGAAUGUUUGAUGACUGUUGCUCGGGGUAGUUGUGAUAAGAAGAUCCCGAGGUGGUAUUUUGAUAACAACGAAAAUGCAUGUAAGCCUUUCUAUUAUACUGGUUGUGGUGCCAAUUCUAAUAAUUAUGAGACACAAGAGUCCUGUGAAGCGAAAUGUCCACCCAGGAGAAAACUUGAUACUUGUAAAUUACCAGCUCUUGUCGGUGAAUGCCAUAAUUACGUAAAUAGAUGGUACUUUAAUUCAUUGGAAGGUCGUUGUAGACAAUUCUAUUAUGGCGGUUGCGCUGGAAAUGAAAAUAAUUUCGUUUCGGAAUAUGCUUGUGAGAGUAAAUGUAUUGAUUCUGGUCGUACUACAACAUUAUCACCACCACAGUUUUCAAAAGAUAUAUGCUAUUUGGACGAAGACCGUGGUAGCUGUAGUAAUAUGACUACUAAAUAUUUCUAUGACAGGGUAAACGGUGUAUGUAGGCAAUUCAUGUAUAGUGGUUGUGGAGGUAAUGAAAACCGUUUCGGUUCUAAAAAAGAAUGCGAACAACAGUGCUACGACACGCAAGAUCUAUGUAAAUUACCGAAACUUGAAGGGCCGUGCAAUGGAAAUUUUAUACAAUGGUAUUAUGAUGCAAAUAACGACAGAUGCUUACAAUUUCGAUAUGGAGGAUGUCAAGGAAACCCGAAUCGCUUUGACGACCGACUUUCUUGUGAAGCCCGUUGUGUACAAAAUUCCGCAACUACAGUCGCUUCAUCAUUAUCAAUGGCUCCAGUGCGACCAAGUGAUGUUUGCCUUAUUCCUCUUGACCCUGGACCUUGUCUCCAAACAGUAAGUAUGUGGUACUUUAAAACAUCGACCAGACGAUGCGAACCUUUUUCAUAUGGAGGUUGUGAAGGAAACGCUAAUAAAUUCCAAACGAUUGAAGAAUGUGAAAGAACAUGCUAUCCAUAUCUUGAUCCUAACGCAAAUAAAAUUGAAGAAGAUACACGAAUUUCUAAGCCUUCGGGUGAACCACAAAUUUCUACGGACAUUUGCGAAGCCGGGAAAUUGCGAUGCAAACAACUAUCUGAAGAAGCAACGCGGUGUCCUUAUGGACUUGAACAUUGGGUCAAUGCCGUCGGCUGUGAAGAUUGCCGAUGUUAUAAUCCUUGUUCACCAGGAACAGAUCAGAAAUCUAUCUGUCCAGCUGAUUACCAGUGUAUCGUGGAUGUAAUUACAACGGAUAAUGGAGAAUCGAAAUAUAAAGUUUCGUGUAGACCAGUGUUCAAACCGGGUAAAUGUCCUCAACUAGCAUCCUACCAGGUGGACUGUGCGGAACAAUGCAGAACAGACGCAGACUGUGUGGGAGAUGACAAGUGUUGCUACAAUGGUUGUGGUACGUUUUGUUUACGGCCACAGUUGUCCACUCCUACAACUAUGCCAACGACAACCACAACGGAAUCACAAGAAAAAGAAUCGCCACCUCAAGUAGUCGCAGCCGAUCCGAUCGUAGAGGCUGAAGAAGGAAAUUACGCCAAUCUCAAGUGCGUAGUCGUCGGUAGACCUACGCCAACGAUCGUGUGGCAGAAGAACACGACACUGAUCGAUGGAUCAGGUGGUCGUUACAAGCUGUACGGUGACGGUACGCUGCAGAUCAUAGGACUUUACAGAUACGAUUCGGGACUGUACAUUUGCAUAGCUAGCAACGGUAUAGGAGAACCGAUCAGGAAAGAGGUCUACUUGACAGUCAAAGACCCGGUCCCUCGACCCGCUAACGUCAUCGGAGAGGAAAGCACCGCCGUGGCCGUCACGUUGAACAGCCCGGCCGUGUUGCAGUGCUACACGAUCGGCUGGCCGCGGCCGAUCGUCACGUGGUGGCGGGCCGACCGGAUGUUGCCGAUGAUGUCCGACACGUUCGACCAGCGCAACGAUCACUCGCUACUGAUACGGCUGGUGACGGUCAACCUGCUCGGCCCGUACACGUGCCAGGCGUAUAACGGCGAGGGUAGGGCGGCGUCGUGGACGGUGACGCUCCAGGCGUACGGCACGGCCGACGGCAACUACCCGGCCAGCCCGUACCUGUUGCCGCCGCCCAGACGACCGUACAACGGAGACGUGAUCCGGCUAAGACCGAUCGACGCCAGGAUCACCAGGCCACCGCCCAUCUAUAGGAUAGCCACUACCGCCACGCAAACGUACGAGGAGACCACGCAGACGCAGGCGAGAGUGUUCACCGUUCCUGUGCAAGUUAACAUAUCUUUGUCCACUACAACGUUUUCCGUGGGUUCGGACUUGAUGAUUCCUUAUUCAGUCGACGGUUAUCCGGUACCCGCUGUGAACUGGUACAAAGACGGACAAAUAUUACGAAACAAUGAUCGUACUCAAAUUACAGAAAACAAGUUGAUUAUUGUGCGUACCAAUGCUUCGGAUUCAGGCUCUUAUAGAUGUGAAGCAUACAACUCAUACGGUUCUGAUGAGAAAAUUGUUAACAUUACAGUAGAAGGCGUAUACAUUCAUCCAAAUUGCACGGACAGCCGACUUUUCGCCAACUGUUUUCUGAUUGUGAAAGGAUCCUACUGUAAUCAUCCAUACUACAAGAAGUUCUGCUGCGAGUCGUGUACACGAGCCGGCAUGUUGCCAGCUAAUGAUCCUCAGUCAAACUUUCCGUACAUCGGCAGUACAAUAAGACGGUUCAGAAGAGAUCUAGUCAACAAACUCCAAAGUUUGAAUUUAUUCUGAGUAAAAUUCAUGACGAUCCAACUUUACGAAAUCCAUACCACUUGGCUUGACACAUUUUAGUCAUAAAAAUUCAAUAACAAAAAAUUAUUUUUAUAUAUCAAUAAUAUUAAUACAUUGGAAAAAAUGACAGGAAAAUAUUAUCACAACACUAUAUACAUGUUGGUUUUGUAUUUAUAAUAUUAUCAUUAUCAUCAUUAUUAUUACUAUUAUUAUUGCAACAUUAUCAUCAUUAU